AUGACGGGGGUCACGCUGGUUCUGGAGGAUGGAAGCGAGUUUAAAGGGACGCUGUUCGGAGCCAAGGCGUCUGUGUCCGGGGAAGUGGUGUUCCAGACUGGCAUGGUGGGAUACCCUGAGGCCCUCACAGACCCCUCAUAUCGGGGCCAGCUGCUGACCCUGACGUACCCCCUGAUCGGGAAUUAUGGCGUCCCCAAAGACGAGGAGGGGGACUACGGCCUCAGCAAGUGGUUCGAGUCGUCCCGGAUCCACGCCUCGGCCCUCAUCAUUGGGGAGCUGUCUGAGGAGCCGUCUCACUGGAGCUGUUCUCGAUCUCUGGAUCAGUGGCUCCAGGAGCAGGGGGUCCCCGGCAUCCAGGGAGUGGACACUCGCUGUUUGACCAAGAAGCUCCGGGAGAAGGGCACACUGCUGGGGAGGCUGCUGGUGGAGGGCACCGAGGAAAACCAGGUCCCUCUGCAGAACCCGGACCUGAGGAACCUGGUCCAGGAGGUCUCCCUCAAGGAGCCGCGUGUCUUCAACCCCUCUGGUUCUGUCAGAGUCACCAUCGUCGACUGUGGAGUGAAGUUUAACCAGAUUCGCUGUUUUGCCGAGAGAGGAGCCAGAGUCACUGUGGUGCCCUGGGACCACCCCCUCCACCCUGACGACUUCGAUGGUCUCUUCAUCAGUAACGGACCUGGAGACCCUCAGCUUUGCUCCUCCACCAUCCAGAACCUGCGCUCAGUCCUAGACCUGGACCAGAACCAGACUAAACCAGUGUUUGGGAUCUGCCUCGGACACCAGCUGCUGUCGCUGGUGAUCGGAGCAAAGACCUACAAGCUCAAAGUGGCCUUGGUUUGCAGACUCUGGUUCCACCUGUAA